AUGCUCACGCAAUAUUUUCUCGCCGUCUUCCUUGCCGGGUUCAGCGCAGCAGCUUCGCUGGUCCCUCUCGCAGGGAGAGCAACUUCGGUCGGCGCCGUAGCAGCCAUUGAGGCGAUAAUGCCGACAUCAAAUUCAUGCGGCAGAGGCCUGGAAGAGUGCAGAACCGCCAUGCAGGCGGCGCCUUUCUUUAUCAAGGCCUUCGCGGACUUCCAGUUUAGCGAAAUGGCCGCCAUGCUUGCCCUGAUCGGCUACGAGAGCGGCGACAUGAAGUACAAGCACAACGUGUUCCCCGGCGUGGCCGGCCAGGGCACGUCCAACAUGAUGAGCCCUACCUUUGUCGCCGAGUACGCUGUCGACGUGCUCGGCGCGAGCGCCGUGGCCAGCAAGAGCCCCGCCGAUGUCCUCGCCCUCGUUACGCCAGACGAGUACAACUUUGGCUCGGCCCCCUGGUUCCUGGCCAAGAAAUGCGAUCCUGGCGUACGCACCGCUCUGCAAGCUUCUGGGGAUGCCGGUUGGUCCGCCUACAUGGGGUGUGUAGGCGUCGACUCUAGCGAUGCUGCGCGACUGGCCUACUGGAAUCGGGCCAAGGCGGCAUUCAACCUUGCCUAA